AUGCUCCGUCUGAAGUUUCUUUGGGAAACCUCAAACAAGAACUGGAGGAGCUUUGGAAGAGAUGUGGCCAAAUGGAUGGACCACUGCAAGAAGUCAGGACAAGACUCUGAUGCAGCAGGAAAUCUGGACCUGGACCUGAUGAGAGACGGGAUCAACAAGUCCAGGGACCGGAAGAUCGCACUGAACCUGCAGCUGCGACAGGAACCACUUGUGGACCGGGCUCACCGGGCCAUGAACGCCAUUCCCAGUGCUGGUGGGCGACCCCGCGCCGUAGUAACGCGAUUACAUUACUACUCAGAUUGUGCAGAAAUUCUCCGAAGGGCUAGAGAACUACAACAGAUUAAGACCAGAGACAUUGCCAUCUCCGUUUUUCCUGACUUCACUGCGAAGACGGCUCGCGCGCGUGCAGCCUUCAAUGAUGUGCGCCGCCAACUCAGGGACAUUGGUGGAAUUCGCUUUGGGAUUCUUCACCCGGCCAAGCUACGCAUCACGCACGACGGGAAACAACGCGACUUUAUCUCCCCAGAGGAAGCAGCAAAGUUUGUGAAGACUAUAACUGGAUAG